AUCGAAUGCGAAAUUCGACACGAUGCUUCGACACAGAACCGAAGAUGACAUGGACAUCAACUCAUCCCCGAUAAAGCGAUCAAGCGCGAGAAUGCUAUUAGCUCUCGAAGAUAUCGAUAAGGGCGGAAGAGACGAUAUUCAGGGAAGUGGAAGCGAGAGGUCAGAAGAAAGUGAUGAGGAUGAAAGAGCAGGUAUUGAUGGUGGCAGUAGUGAAGAGUCCGAGGAUUCUGAAGUGUCGGAUGAAUCGAGUGCAGACGAUGAUCUAUCGAUCGGCAGAGAAGAGGAUACAGACAAGUCCUAUGAGGAAUCGGAGGCGACGGAAGACACCCAUCUCAACGACUCCGAUACGGAUACAGACACUAACAAAGCACCUAAGAAACGGCAGUCAACAAAUUCUCGAAACCCAAAGCAUGAUGCUGCAAACGACAACCCGAUGCUCCCUCAGAAACGUUUGACCACGAACAGUCUCCUUUCCAGCCUCAAAGACUGCUUGGCCACAGAACUCGAAGUAUGUUCUUCUUCUUGGAGGGACAUCAUCAGAGCGAUCAAGGCCACAGCUACUGCAGAGGCUACAGCGGACGAUAAUCAACUUGGCCUACCCUCGUUACCGAAAUUCUGGGCUACUGAGAAGCCGGAAGUACAAAUCGAUUCUGGAAGGCUGCUCACAGCUCUGUCCAUCUUGCACAGAAGCAUGUCGAGUCUGUUCGCCGAGCAUCAACUAGCAUGUGGAGUUACGAAUUCCAACCGAAAAACCCAAUCACGAUCCUAUUUCAAAGCUAGACAAGUGGCUAGAAUUGAAGUGGCAGCAGCGUAUAUCGUGGAUACGCCGAAGUUCAACAAGACUUGGGACGCCUACCUAAAGACUAAGCCUUCGACAACAAGUCAUUACACUAAGGAGCGCAUACAAACAGCCAAGUCCAAAGCUUCACAGGAUAUCAUUGAUGGCCUUGAUGAGAACACCAAGGCAGCUGCUGUGAGAAAAGUGGACGAGUUAUCACAGAGCAUUGUGAGCCAGAGAAUUUCCGGAGAGAGGCUGUCAGAUCCAAAAGUUUAUGGAGCAGGAUAUGAGAAGUCUAGGGCUCGUAAUAUUUCUCUCAUACAAGUAGCUCUGUCGUAUGUGGACCAGAAUCAUUUUCAAGAUCAGAUCGCAUUCGAAUCUGGGAUCUGGGAAGCAAAGACGACGUGGUUUGCGGAUCACAAAGAUGAAGUUCUUGCAAUGUCGAAAACGAAGAUUGCACGAGCCAUUUUGAGUGGUCUUGAUCCUACAACACGCGCCCAAGCAGAUUCUUCGAUACUGCGAAUCUCAGCCAAAGUGUUGGACGAUUGGAAGAAUACGAAGUCACGGCCUCUCACAGACGAACAACUUCGAAGGAAGUUCUUGAUGCUCCGUCGCGAAACCAGGAUCAUCAUUGCCGCGGAGCAUAUCACGGACUGGAAGAAGUACAAAGAGGCUGUUGAUGAUAGAUCGAGGCUUCUAGCAAGCAGGUUCAAGGUACGAUCUCACGCGACCAAGGCGGCUGAGUACGACAUCAUGACAGACAUUAUGAGUGAUCUCGAGGCAAAUGUAAAGUGCGAAUGGUUGGAGAGAGCCGAAGCACUGGCCUUGGCUAUGAUGGAGGGGUUUGUCAAUGGGACGGAAAAGCUCCGCGUCACAGGGCAACUCACGGCUGAGAUGGCAAAUUUCACACCCCAUAGCAGAGACAUCUCCAAUGAGCCAGAAGCAUCAUCAAGCAAGAUCGCAAACAAAGGAAAGAAAGUUGCCUCUCUUCGACACGAGAAGGAGAAAGCUCAAAUGGCCCUUUCUAGGAACUCCAGCGAGGAGGACUCUCUCUCAGGUACAGAUGAUACCUCAGCAGACGAAUCAUCUUCCGAAGAAGACGAUGAUACUGAAGACGAGACCGAGAUGCCUGUCGCAAAGCGUCCAAAGACAACCUCUGCUACUCGGCCAAGCGGAAUUUCCAAAGGACGAAAGAUCAUGAAGUCACUUUGAACGUUGAAAUGACGGUGCUCGAAGAGCAUUUGAGAGAAAAUUGACUGGUUGCAUAGAGUAUGAGGCAGUGGAUUGAACAAGAUGGACUAGAUCGAUAUUCGAAAAUUUCUCACUGAUUGAGAUGUUUAGGAACAUGUAAGAAUUGUGCUCUCAUGUCAAGAUUUUUGUACACAGAAUCAAAAGAACUUGCAUCACGAUUC